GCGGCGGCACCUGGGGCGCCCGUUGCCAUGGCAGCGCUCCCUACCGGAAGUCAUCCCCGUGAGCCCGCCCAUCGCCAUCACCACCGUCGCGACUGCUGAAUAUGGCGGACGGCGAGGCAGCCGCUGAGCAGGAGGAAGAGGCAGGCAGUGCGGGGCUGCGGCCAGAGAAGGGGCUGCGGGGGAGCAGCGGCCGGCCCCCCACCGUCCGGGAUCUGCAGCUGGCUUUGGCAGGAUUGUACGAAGAUGAAAUUAAACGACAAACAUCUUGUUCAGACAAACCAACAGAGAGAGUGGCCAGUCAUCCAAGAUUACCAGUUGAGAGCAUUAAAAUUGACUCCUUCAGAAGUCUGAGAAAACCAGAAAGAAGUAUGAGUGAUGAUAAAGAUAACCAAAGAUUUUACUCAGGUGAUUCAGAAUAUAGGGGUCUCCAGAUGAUGGGAUCAUCUGAUAAUAUCACUCCCAGUAAAAUCGUCGACGAACUCUUCAAAGAAGCAAGAGAACAUGGGGCUGUCCCUUUAGAUGAAGUGUCCAGAGCCUCGGGAGACUGUCAUAAAGCCAAAUCAUUUUCUGGUGGAGGAUACAGGCUGGGUGACUCAUCUCUGAAGCGUUCUGAAUAUAUAUAUGGAGAAAAUCAGUAUGGGCAAGAUGUUCAAAUAUUGCUGAAACUGUGGAGGAAUGGUUUCAGUUUAGAUGACGGAGAGCUGAGAUCUUACACGGAUCCAGUCAACGCUCAGUUUCUUGAAUCUGUAAAAAGAGGUGAGAUUCCUGCAGAGCUUCAACGCAUGGUUCAUGGAGGCCAAGUUAAUUUGGAUAUGGAAGACCACCAGGAGCAGGAAUAUGUAAGGCCAAGAUUAAAAUUCAAAGCUUUCAGUGGAGAAGGCCAGAAACUUGGAAGCCUCACGCCCGAAAUUGUCAGUACCCCUUCUUCCCCAGAAGAAGAAGAGAAAUCCUUUCUUGAUGCUGCUGUUCUGGUCGACGACUCUGUCCCGACGACUAAAAUUCAAAUUAGACUAGCCGACGGAAGUCGUUUAAUCCAAAGAUUUAAUCAGUCGCACAGGAUUAUAGAUAUUCGGAACUUUAUUAUCCAGUCCCGUCCUGUGUUUGCAACAGUUGACUUUGCUCUCCUGACGACGUUUCCACAUCAAGAGCUGACGGAUGAAAGCUUAUCGCUACGGGAGGCCGAUAUCCUGAACACUGUGAUCCUUCAGCAGAUCAAGUAAAUCUGGAUCCUGGAACUGGAUAAUGUGCCAUAUUGUUUGACGUCAAUGCUUCCGUUAAGAAAGAGGGAAAGGGAACAGAAAGAAACCAAGCCACCAUUUCUCCCUUAAAUCGAUCCAUUGGCUUUUAACCCCAUUCUGUCUUCCAGAGAUAACUUGUCUGAAUUGGAAUUUAGGGAGAUUUCUUAACAAAAACCAAUUUAUUUAUUUAUUUUUGUAUUCUUCCCAAACUACAUGGUGUGAAUUCAAGUAUGUCUUUGGGGUGGGGGAAAGAAACACACAACACUUUUAUUAUUGUCAACCUUUUUUUAAGGGUGAAAAAUAAUUCUUGAAGAGAGAGGGCUCUUCUCUCCCCCUCCUCCUCCGACUUGGUAAGACAUGAACUAUGGAAGAACUCUAUGCUGCCACAGCUAACAGCCAUUAAACAUUUACUCCUAUUAGUUGAGAUGUAUAUUUAUGUCCCAUGGUGUCAUGUGCAAAUACUCUGCUCAUAGACUGAUGUCUUUCAGCAGCUCUAGCAUGAUUUUAACACAUUCUGUAAUCUUGUGCUGUGAAAUAUUAUUCUGUCAAUUCUCCUUAUUUUGGACUGCAGAACAGAUUGCUGCAUUAGAUGGAAAAUAUCCUCAUCUCUACUCGAUAGGUAAGAUCCCCAUUUGCGAUGUUAACCCAGAUUUUUAUGGAACAAAAUAAAAUCUAAAAAAUGGUCAAGCCGCAUGUUUUAAAAAGAGAAACCUCAGGGCCCAAAGUUAAACUUUCAAGACUGGGAUUUGUGAUUCUGUUAAUAACGCAUGUGUGAUUUUUGAUGACUGACACAGUCUCUCUGUGACCCCCAAUCCGGCCUGGAACUGAGGCCCCAAAGCAACCUUGUUCACCGUUUUCAAUGGAGAGAUCCAAGAGAGAUGGCUACUAAUCUUGGACAGAUUAUGCAAUAUUUCCAAUCCAUUUAUUUGCACAAAUGUUGUAUGUGGGAACUUGACUUCUGGAGCUACACAACUGAAGCAAUUUAAUUGUAUUAAAACAUAUGCAUCUCAUCUUUAGAGCAUCAGUUGUGAAAAUUUGGCCAAGGUGUUUUUUAAAUACUGAUUUAAAGGACAAUUUAGGCAACCUAAAGACUGCUUAACCAACAUAGUUUCUAUUAAGGUUGUUAGGAGUUGCCUAAUUUUAAAUAUUGACCGUGUGAAAAGAACUCUUCAGUGUCAUGUGGCAACAAAAUUGCUUUGCAGUAUUGUUUGUGGCUGUAUUUUCAAAGGGAAGACACAAGGGAAAAUACACUGUUUUCUUCCUGUACAUUUCUGUAUAAUUUGGCUAACUAGGGUUAGCGCGCCUUUUAGUGGGCAUAAUUUAUUUUAGGUUCUGUUCUUCCCUUGCAGUUGAGAUGUCUAAACUUUUCAAAGAUACAAUUCAAACCACUCUUUGAAAUCAAAGGAAUACUUUUGUCAAUCCAAUACUUGCAUGAUUUAACCAAUCACAACUUUCCCUUUUGUGGUAAUGAAUAAAUUUUUUUUAAUCA